AUGUAUUUUCCCAAACACGAAUUCGUUUAUGCUCAUGAUCCAGAAAAAAAGUGCAAGACUGGUGAUAUGGUCCUUAUUGAACAACUACCCCAAAAGUUGACAAGACUGAUAACACACAAAGUCAAACAUGUCUUAUACCCACUUGGAGAUGUUACAGAUCCAAUAACUGGUAAAAAAGUAAUUGCUGGUAAAUUUAGAGAUCAUAUUGAUGCUAUAAACAAAGUUUAUGGAGAAAGGGAAGGAGCUUUCAAAUAUGAGAGUGCUCCUGCUAGGGGAUGGCAGGAAGACCAGAAAGAUUUCAGUCACCAGGAAACAUAUAUUAAAUAUCAUGAAUCAGGUGAACAUGAUCCACUUGCUGUUUAA